CGUAGUCAGUGUUUAGUUUCAAAAUGGCUGAGUUUAAUCGUCCCUUAGUAUCGAUUCACAAGUGAGAUAAUAAAAAUAAACAUAAUUGCAAACAUAUAGAAUGAAUUUAAAAACACAAGUUUUCUUAAUAUCCACGAUUCUUUGUUUGAUUCUACUUCAGAACACAAUCGGAAUUCUUCGAAGAUGUGUGAGUUGUAGAUCAAGAGGAGAAUUAGGAUCGUGUAAAGAUCCUUUCACUAUGAAUACAACGGCGAUUAAAAUGGAAAAAGGUGUGGAAACUAUUCCUUGCGUGUCUGGAUGGUGCGGCAAAAUAAUUGAACGGAAGAGUCUAGACAAUGAAUAUGGUACUGCCACGCAAAGACUUUGUCUUCAAAACGGACCCGAUGACCAAGAGGAAAGAUGCGCGUACACCGUGUGGAAGUACAAAAAAGUGUUUUUGUGUCUUUGUUAUGGAGAUCUAUGCAAUGGAACAUCGAAAACAAGCGUUUCCAAUGGUUUGAUUUUCAUAGCGCUUUGCGUUUUAUUUCGAUGGUAUAAGAUAUAAGAAUAUCUGAACUGAA